UGGUCGGCACGCAGUUUCAGAAUAAGUCCAACAGCCGUACGAUGUGGAGAUAAAUACUCAUUGAACGGCUACUGAUUAAGAAGCAAAUAGUAAAUGCUCUACUGAAUUAUUACCUAAAAUUUAGAGUUCAAUAAUAAUAACAGGAAUAUGCGGUCAUCCAUUUUGGGUAGGUAAGAAAACGGAUAGAUCGUGAAAUUAGAGAGAGAGAGAGAGAGAUGACGAGAGGGAAGCAGAAGAUCGAAGCACAAAGGAGAAAUGCAGAGAGGAAUCAAAAGCCAAAAGGGUCUCAGCUUGAGGCUAGAGCUGUUGCUCUCAAAGUCAUCUGCCCCAUCUGCAAGACGCAGCUAGCAAAUCAUAAUCAACUUGGGGAUCAUUAUGCCUCCAAACAUCCGAAAGAAAAGCCUCCUUCUGAAUCAAGCUGAUUUGUUUCUCUCUUGUAAAAAUGAAAAAUGUUGAGAAAAGAAUAAAAAAGAAGAAAAAAUAUUUUCGUGUGUGCUAAGAACUGUUAAAUGUACGACUGAUGGAUAUGACCUAUUUCAUUAUCUGAACCUAGGUAAGUGAUGUAUGCGUUCUAUGGUCUUCUUAGUUACGGCCUUUUUGCAUAGUUUGGAGGACCACGAACACGAUCUACAAGUCCUGCGAGUACAUGAAAGCACAGAAUUUUCAUAUAUUUUUCUGCAGGUUCAGGGUUGAGAAUUAUAUUCAAGUAUGUCUGAAGAGCAUGGAUCUGGCUCAAAAGGGGAAAAGAAACAAUUCAUCUUUUUUUAUGAUCAUUAUUGAGAGUGGUGCUUAAGGGUGUGGGUGACCCUAAAGCUUGGCUUAUAAAAAGACCAAAGCAGUUGGUAGAAGUUGUAAAAUAACUAAUCUUUCGAUUCAUAUGUAGCGGCGACAACAAUUCCCUCUUCCGUACGAUUAAAGUAAUGGCGGAGGUGUCGGGAUCGGUGUCUCCGGCGUCGUCGUCGUCACAAGUGCAGGUACAAUGGGGAGAAGAAGAAACAAAGGAGUUAAUAGGAAUAAGGGGAGAGCUGGAAAAGGAUUUUACAGUGGCGAAAAGGAACAAAGCGCUUUGGGAGAUUGUGAGUGUUAAAAUGAGAGAAAGAGGAUACCAUAGAACUCCUCCACAGUGUAAAUGUAAGUGGAAGAAUCUCAUCAAUCGUUACAAGGGCAAGGAAACAUCUGAUCCUGAUAAUGGCCUGCAUUGUCCAUUUUUUGAGGAGUUGCAUGCAGUCUUUACUGAAAGAGCAAAGGACAUGCAGCGAUUGCUUUUGGAAUCUGAGGCAGGUUCUACCCAGGGAAAGAAAAGGUUCAAGAGAUCCUUUGAUGAAUUCUCAGAAGAUGAAGAUGAGGAUGAAGAUGGCAGUGGGGAAGAGAGGCCAGCUAAAAUUAAUUUGCGGAAGAGAAAGGGUGAAAGAAUUGUGCCAGAGAUGUCCUCAAAUGCAGAUAUUGGUGGUAUCCAGGAAAUGCUUAAGGAGUUUCUCCAGCAGCAACAGCAGAUGGAGAUGCAGUGGAGGGAGAUGAUGGAAAGGCGUGUUCAUGAGCAGCGGAGGUUUGAGGAGGAAUGGCGGCAGGCAAUGGAGAAAAUUGAGAGAGAGAGAUUAAUGGUUGAGCAGGCUUGGAGGGAGAGGGAAGAACAGAGGCGGGUAAGAGAAGAGAACAGGGCUGAGAGGAGGGAUGCUCUGCUAACCACUCUCUUGGACAAACUUAUUCAUGAAAAUGAUAUGCAAGGCAGAUAGCUCACUGGGAUUCCUUUCAGUCAUCCUCUCCACCAUUGCCUGCAAUUCUUAUUUGUGGUUACUUUUAGGUGAUCAAUAGAGCAAGUUUGAUUUCUGUGGCUUGUGAAUAAUGGGUAUACAUAAACCUUUGCUUAAUGCAAUUCUUUUUUUGUAAAAAGAGAGAGAGAGAGAGGGAACGAAGGAUGAUACAGGAAGAAGCUGUACUUAAAAGGUUAUUUGUUCUGGUUAAAAUGCUGAACGUUCUUUUUUUAUUGGCAUAAAUGCAUCUUUGGCCCCUGCA